GGCGCGGCGGGCGGCGCGUACAGCCGAGCCGGACGCCUGCUCCCGCCACCAUGGUGAUCAAGACGGACGAAUUGCCAGCGGCCGCGCCGGCCGACAGCUCCAGGGAGCAUGGCUCGCAGGCCGGGGGCAAGGGGCGACCAAGCGCGGCUGAACCCCCCUCAGUCAUGUUGUUGAAUGGGGACUGCUCAGAUAGUUUGAAGAAGGAAGAGGGGACAACUGACCCACCCAGAGAAAAUGGACUGGAUGAGGGUGAACCUGGAGAUGAGACAACUGGACAGGAAGUCAUUGUCAUUCAAGAUACAGGAUUUUCUGUGAAGAUCCUGGCCCCUGGCAUCGAGCCAUUUUCCUUGCAGGUAUCUCCCCAAGAAAUGGUGCAGGAGAUCCACCAGGUGCUUAUGGACCGUGAAGACACGUGUCACCGUACCUGCUUCUCACUGCAUCUCGAUGGCAACAUGCUGGACCACUUCUCAGAGCUACGCAGUGUUGAGGGGCUGCAAGAGGGCUCGGUGCUCCGUGUGGUGGAAGAGCCAUACACAGUGCGUGAAGCCCGCAUCCAUGUGCGCCACGUCCGAGACCUGCUCAAGAGUCUGGAUCCAUCUGAUGCCUUUAAUGGGGUUGAUUGCAACUCCCUGUCAUUCCUGAGUGUCUUCACAGACGGUGACUUAGGAGACAGCGGGAAGCGGAAGAAGGGUUUGGAGAUGGACCCCAUCGACUGCACACCACCUGAGUACAUUCUGCCGGGGAGCCGUGACCGGCCACUCUGUCCCUUGCAGCCUCAGAACCGUGAUUGGAAGCCUCUGCAGUGUUUGAAAGUGCUCACCAUGAGUGGCUGGAAUCCGCCUCCUGGCAACCGCAAGAUGCAUGGGGACCUCAUGUACCUGUUUGUGAUCACUGCUGAGGACCGGCAAGUUAGCAUUACUGCAUCCACACGAGGCUUCUACCUAAACCAGUCCACAGCCUACCACUUCAACCCCAAGCCUGCCAGCCCCCGUUUCCUCAGUCAUUCCCUCGUGGAGCUGCUCAACCAGAUCAGCCCGACCUUCAAAAAAAACUUCGCUGUGCUGCAGAAGAAAAGGGUCCAGCGUCACCCGUUCGAGAGGAUCGCCACCCCAUUCCAGGUAUACAGCUGGACAGCACCCCAAGCAGAACAUGCCAUGGACUGUGUGCGCGCUGAAGACGCCUAUACCUCGAGGCUGGGUUAUGAGGAGCACAUUCCUGGACAGACCCGGGACUGGAACGAGGAGCUGCAAACAACACGGGAGUUGCCCCGCAAGAACCUGCCUGAGCGGCUGCUUCGAGAAAGAGCCAUAUUCAAGGUGCAUAGCGACUUCACAGCAGCAGCCACAAGGGGUGCCAUGGCGGUCAUUGAUGGCAAUGUGAUGGCCAUCAACCCCAGCGAGGAGACCAAGAUGCAGAUGUUCAUCUGGAACAACAUCUUCUUCAGCCUGGGCUUUGAUGUCCGUGACCACUACAAGGACUUUGGUGGAGAUGUGGCAGCCUAUGUGGCACCUACCAAUGACCUGAAUGGUGUGCGCACAUACAACGCAGUGGAUGUCGAGGGGCUGUACACACUGGGCACAGUCGUAGUGGACUACCGGGGCUACCGCGUUACAGCUCAGUCCAUUAUCCCUGGCAUCUUGGAGCGGGACCAGGAGCAGAGUGUCAUCUAUGGCUCCAUUGACUUUGGCAAGACGGUGGUGUCACACCCUCGGUACUUGGAGUUACUGGAGCGCACCAGCCGGCCGCUCAAGAUCCUCCGGCAUCAUGUGCUCAAUGACCGCAAUGAGGAAGUGGAGCUCUGCUCCUCCGUGGAGUGCAAGGGCAUCAUUGGCAAUGAUGGGCGCCACUAUAUCCUUGACUUGCUGCGCACCUUCCCACCUGACCUUAACUUCCUGCCUGUGCCUGGCGAGGAGCUGCCUGAGGAGUGCACCCGUGCUGGUUUCCCCCGAGCCCACCGCCACAAGUUGUGCUGUUUGCGGCAGGAACUAGUGGAUGCCUUUGUGGAGCACAGGUACCUCCUCUUCAUGAAGCUGGCUGCCCUGCAGCUCAUGCAGCAGAAGGCCAGCCAAGUGGAGAGCCUCACCUCUAUGGAGAAUGGUGGUCUUCCUUCCUCAGAGGCCAAGUCGGAAGACCCUCUAGGGUCUGAGACAGGAAGCGAGGAGGAGGGCAGCAGUGCUAGUGGCCUGGCCAAGGUGAAGGAGCUGGCAGAAACCAUCGCCUCAGAUGACGGCACAGCAGACCCUCGGAGUCGGGAGGUAAUCCGCAAUGCCUGUAAGGCCGUCGGCUCCAUCAGUAGCACAGCUUUUGACAUUCGCUUCAACCCUGACAUCUUCUCCCCAGGGGUUCGUUUCCCUGAAUCCUGCCAGGAUGAAGUUCGGGACCAGAAGCAGUUGUUGAAAGAUGCGGCUGCCUUCUUGCUUUCCUGCCAGAUCCCUGGCUUGGUGAAGGACUGCACAGAACAUGCUGUGCUGCCCAUGGAUGGGGCCACUCUAGCUGAUGUGAUGCGCCAACGUGGCAUCAACAUGCGCUACCUGGGCAAGGUUCUGGACCUGGUGCUGCGGAGCCCAGCCCGUGACCAGCUGGACCACAUCUAUAAAAUUGGCAUUGGAGAGCUCAUCACACGUUCUGCCAAGCAUAUCUUCAAGACAUAUUUACAGGGGGUGGAACUCUCAGGCCUCUCAGCUGCCAUCAGCCAUUUCCUGAACUGUUUCUUGAGCUCCUACCCCAACCCUGUGGCCCACCUGCCAGCUGACGAGCUGCUCUCUAAGAAAAGAAAUAAGAGGAGGAAAAACCGGCCCCUGGGGGCUGCAGACAACACUGCCUGGGCUGUUAUGACUCCCCAGGAGCUCUGGAAGAACAUUUGUCAGGAGGCCAAGAACUACUUUGACUUCAGCCUCGAGUGUGAUUCUGUGGACCAGGCUGUGGAGACCUAUGGGCUGCAGAAAAUAACACUGCUACGUGAAAUCUCCUUGAAAACUGGGAUUCAGAUCUUACUGAAGGAGUAUAGCUUUGACAGCCGCCACAAGCCAGCCUUCACCGAGGAGGACGUGCUCAACAUCUUCCCUGUGGUCAAGCAUGUCAACCCCAAGGCCUCGGAUGCCUUCCACUUCUUCCAGAGUGGGCAGGCCAAAGUACAGCAGGGCUUCUUGAAGGAAGGCUGUGAGCUCAUCAACGAGGCCCUGAACUUGUUCAAUAAUGUUUAUGGAGCCAUGCAUGUGGAGAUCUGUGCCUGCCUACGCCUGCUGGCUCGCCUCCACUACAUCAUGGGUGAUUAUGCUGAGGCCCUGAGCAACCAACAGAAGGCCGUGUUAAUGAGUGAACGAGUGAUGGGCAUUGAGCACCCCAACACCAUCCAAGAAUAUAUGCACCUGGCUCUGUACUGCUUCGCCAGCAGCCAGCUGUCCACUGCCCUGAGCCUGCUGUACCGUGCCCGCUACCUCAUGCUGCUCGUGUUCGGGGAGGACCACCCUGAAAUGGCAUUAUUAGAUAACAACAUUGGGCUGGUGCUGCACGGUGUGAUGGAGUAUGACCUGUCACUGCGCUUCCUAGAAAAUGCACUUGCUGUUAGCACCAAGUAUCAUGGGCCUAAGGCCCUCAAGGUAGCUCUCAGUCACCACCUUGUUGCCCGGGUCUAUGAGAGCAAAGCUGAGUUCCGGUCAGCCCUACAGCACGAGAAGGAAGGUUACACCAUCUACAAAACUCAGUUGGGUGAAGACCAUGAGAAGACCAAGGAGAGCUCAGAGUACCUCAAGUGCCUGACCCAGCAGGCCGUGGCCCUGCAGCGCACCAUGAAUGAAAUCUACCGCAAUGGCUCCAGUGCCAACAUCCCACCCCUCAAGUUCACAGCCCCCAGCAUGGCCAGUGUCCUGGAGCAGCUCAAUGUCAUCAACGGCAUCCUCUUCAUUCCUCUCAGCCAAAAAGACUUGGAGAACCUGAAGGCCGAGGUGGCACGCAGACACCAGCUCCAAGAAGCCAGCAAAAACAGGGAUAAGAACGAGGAGCCCAUGGCCACUGAGCCUGAGCCAGCAGGGCCCCCAGAGGACAUGGGCUCUCAGCCCCAAGCUGCCAAGGAGGACCCUUCUUCCCCAAGUUUGCAGGGAUAGAAAGGGAGAUGGACAGUCAGCAGCCCCGUUAACCAGCAAUCCAGACUCCAGGAGAAGAGAGUGUGCCCUACAGAUGGGGAGAGGAAACCAGUCCCUCUUCUUCCACUUUCCACCCCACCCCACCCCAGCAUCCUCUUCGGACCCUGGCCUGGUCUGCCUGCCCUCCCCCCAAAGAUGUUUUUGCACUUGUUUGAUGAAUAUACAAUUGGCCUAAUUGGAGAGACAUGGAGUGUAUAGGCAUCGGCUCCAGCUGGGGGGCAAGUACCCCUCAGACCCCCGUCCUCAAGCAGGUGUGUAUGAGUGUCCAUGUCCAUGAAUGUCUUGCUCUUUCCCUCCUACAUUGUAUAUAGCCCCAGUCAAUUCUGAGUGGAUGACAUGCAGAUGCAAUUUCUCAGGUCAUUGUAUGUUUGACAUUAUGGCUGCUGCUUUUGCUGCCACUAGCCCUGGGCCAAGCUUGGCUUAAAGUAAUGUUUAAGCCAAAAAAAGUUUGGGGCUUUCCUGUGUCCUGGGAGGGGGAGCCACAGCUCUGUGGAAGAGCUGGAGGACUGGGGUACACUUUAGGUUUGUGGCAAGAUGAGAGCUGCAGUGGCUUUACUUAACUGUGAUGGGGCUUGGCCUGACUGUUGCUUCUGAUGAGGGGAACUGGCCAGCAGUGGAGGGUCUCCAGACAACUAUGUGCCUGGCCCUCCCUGUCCGUCCUUGGCCUAAGCAGAAGGCACUGCGACAGGCUUUGACUUGUGUCCCUGAUCCUGGUACCUCAGGUGGGCAUAACCUUGGGGGCCACAGUCUGAAUGUAUCUUUCUCCCCAUUUUAACCUGAGCUGCCUAACGCACAGUAAGGGAAGGUUUGGGAGGUGAUGGGUUGGGGACCCAGGGCUGACUCCUGGGGAAAGUACCAGGUACAUGAGUGAUCAUCACCUCUGUGGAGCCAAGCUCCCUACCUGGUCCUUGCCACACAAGCACCUUCUACAGAGUAGCUCUGGGGGUUGGGAGGGUCCCCCACUGCCCCUGCCAUUUCCUGUCCUCCCACCUGCCUGUAUUGCUUCUCUGCUGUCCCAGGAGGUGAUGGCCAGCUUGAGAGACUGAGGGAGCCAUUCCAGGCAGGGCCUCUGCUUAGGGGCUUUGCUGGAGCCGCUAAUGGGUAGCUUCUGUCCAGGCACCUUGUUUCAAAGGGAAUGGGCAUCUAGUAAGUGAGGCAUCCCCACAGCUGAUCAGGAACUUUUUCUUGUUUUUAAACCAUCACGUUUUCAUUUCACAUUGGAAUAAAGUGAGUUUUUGAAACCUGC